AUGGAAAACCCAUCACAUUCCGUCUGUCUCAUUGAAAAUGCGAUCGACAGACUAAUCGAGUAUGGUGACAGGAUUCAUUCAGCCUAUCGUAAGAAUCAUCCCGAGAUCCUAAAACACAAGCUUGAAGCUUCGACCUCACGUCUUCAAAAAGAUACGCGGUCAACACACUCUCAAACGUCUGUGAAGCCGACAAGCGUUUCUGAGUACAGUACGACGACUGAGAAGACCAUUGAUGUUUAUUCUUGUGGAUCUAAGGGAAGCCGAAGAAGCGGACGUACUCCCGAGAGAGCAGCGGAAAGUAGUGAAAAAGAGAUAGUGAACAAUUACUUGUAUACAGUGACUAAAGGCGGUAGAAGAUGUACUAUUCCUGGAAAGAUGUACUCACGCCGCCUUCCAGACUCCUGGGUUGCCCUACGUUUCGUACUCUACGACGAGGAUGGCGAAGAACUGCUUAACCUGAACACGGAGAUCAAAGGUCAAUCUCUCAGAAAUACGAUGGUGAACGGAAAGCCCACGGAACUUGUAAACUUCACAGAAAGUCAUGGAGCAUACAGGGCUCAUUUCAUAUCCACAUGGCAUUUUUUCUUCGCACGAAAUGCCGUUCCAGUCCAAUUGACUGAUUCGAUUGCCAAGAUGUUGGAUAGCUCAGCUCUGGAUGGAAUCGGGUGGAAAGUUCGAGGAGACUUUGUUCCGCCCGAAUCGCACGAGCGAGGCCCGUUUUUUCCCCGGCUUCGCCUCAUAUUUGAUAUGGUGCCUAUGUUUAUAAGAGCUGCAAUUUUCACAGCGAAACAAUGGCUACAAAACGAAGGAGUAUUCAUUAAUAUUUUUUCUCAAAUGAAGCAUAACUGUUACACGGGUGUUCCUAUAGGUGGUAUCGGAAGUGGUUCUAUCGGAACAGAUUUUCGUGGUGCUUUUAAUAAAUUCUCUAUAAUUCCCGGAAUCAAGGAACAAAGUGAAGAUAACAUUAAAGCUAAUCAAUUUAUUCUCACCGUUCAUAAAGCUGCUACCUCCGAACUAGUGUUUCAAUCUUUACUGUCUACAGCAGACUUCAGUGGCACUAUAUUAUCCAGUUGGACAUCUUAUAUCCGGAGUGAGAACACUAGGUAUCGAGGGCUCUUUCCUCGAGCAUGGCGAGAGAUACGAAUCCCUGAGAUUGGGUUGACGCUAAUAUGUGAGCAAGUAUCUCCUGUCCUUCCUCAUAACUAUGAGGAUACGUCGUUUCCUGUCUGUAAUUUUCACUGGACAGUAAUAAACACUAGUGGGACUAAUUAUAUAGUGUCGUUGACCUUUACUUUCCGCAACGGAACUGGGAAUACAAAAUGGGAACAGGAAGGCAAAUGCAGCGCGGAGCUCUUGCAAACGUCAGCAGGAAAAGGUGUGAAGCUUGACCACACGAUAAACUCAAUGCCAACAACAUUUGUCAUUGCCGGAGAACAGAUGGUUGACAAUGAAAUUAGUUGCACGACAUUCAAUCCCUCUUCGAAAACGGGUGAAUACAUAUGGGAUAGUUUAAAGAGUUCAGGAACACUAUCCGCAGAAUUCUCGUCAGAUACAGAGUUAGGAAUUGCUGUUUCUUCGCGUUUUGAUCUGCAUAGUUCAUCAUCAAAACGUUCUACAUUCUCUCUUGUUUGGUUCAUGCCGGUGGUGCACUUUGGAGGCAAAUCAAGAUCACACAAGAGAUUUUACACACGGUUUUUUGGAAAUGAAGAGGAGUCUGUGGAAAAAAUAAUCUCCAGUGCAAUGAGGAAAGGAGAAGAGUGGCGAAUGGAGAUAGAGAAAUGGCAACAACCUGUUGUUGAUGACAAAUCGCUGCCAGAAUGGUAUAGAUCUGCACUUUUCAAUGAACUAUAUUAUGUUGUGGACGGUGCUAGUAUGUGGUUCGAAUACGAUUCCUCUUGGAACGAUGUUGAAAAGAUCGAUCCUCUCACCACCAAACAACUUCGGAGAUUUGGAAGAUUCGCUUGGGAAUAUCUGAUGGUCAAUACGUACGAUGUUCACUUCUAUGCCAGUUGGGCCUUUAUCAAAAACUGGCCUCAAUUGGAACUGUCUAUCCAGAUGGAUUUUUGCGACCAGCUGAAUCGUACGGAUAUGAGAACGACAACAAGUUUGAAAGACGGUCAGAAAAUGGAAGUCAAAACCCAUUCUCGUAUUCCUCACGAUCUUGGAAACCCGCUGGGAGAGCCUUGGAGUGAGACGAACGCCUAUAUUCUGCACGAUACAGCACACUGGCGGGAUCUCAAUCUAAAGUUUGUUCUCAUUUGUUGGAGAGACUACAAAUUGUUAGUUGAGAAUAAUUACGACCGAGAAAGUGCUGCAAAAGUUCUGAGUUACUUCUACAAGCAAAGUGAAACUAUUAUUCGAAAUGCACUGAGUGAAUGGGAUAAGGAUGGGGACGGAAUGAUUGAAAAUUCGGGAACUGCUGAUCAAACAUACGACGUGUGGACGAUGAGUGGCACCAGUGCAUACUGUGGCUCUCUUUGGCUGGCAGCGUUAAGUUCGAUUUCUUGUAUGGCUGGAGAGCUCGGUAGGAAAGGGUCUCAGCAGUUUUUCGAAGAUGUGCUCACUCGAGCGAAACAAGCGUUCAUAAACAAACUAUGGAAUGGAAGGUAUUUCAAAUUCGACGAGUCAUCUUCGAAUGAAGGAGUGAUUAUGGCCGAUCAAUUAUGUGGGAUAUGGUUCCUUACUAUGAUGCAACAGAAUGAAAUCAUCUCAGGGGACCAGGUCCUGUCUGCGUUGAAGAUGAUACAUGCAUACAAUGUGCAGCAAUUUGCGUCUGGAAAAAUGGGUCCUGUGAACGGAAUAUAUGAGGAUGGAUCAGUAGACAUCUCGAGUAUACAAAGCGAAGAGGUUUGGACAGGAACAGGCUACAGUUUAGCAUCAUUCCUAAUUGCAAAGGGCAAACGCAAGGAAGGAUUUGACACUGCUAGAGGAAUAUUCGAGACUUGCUGGAACCGAGUGGGCCUUCAGUACCAAACACCAGAAGCAAUCUAUGAGGAAAAGUACUACCGUGCAAUUGGAUAUAUGCGCCCGUUAGCAAUUUGGGCGAUUCACCAUGCAUUGCAAAUGCAGACAGCUUAG